CGUCUGAUUCGGAUUUCCGACCGAAAGGAAGAGGUUCGCGCCGACGUUGCCGUACACGUUUCCCUUCAUAAGAAUUCAGAGAUAUGGACGAACAAUUCAUACUUAGGGUUCCACCGUCCGUGGCUGAGCGAAUCGAGCGUCUUCUCAACGAAAACCCUUCUUCUUCUUCUGACGACAAGUCCUUCGACAUCUCCUUUUCCGAGGAUGGAAGAACUGGCACUUUUGUUAUUGGAAACGACAGUUUUCCUGUGUCUCUAUUGGAUCUUCCUGCUGUCGUGGAAUCCUACAAGACUUACGAUGAUAGCGUGCUAAUCAAGUCAGCAGAUAUCGGUCAGAUGAUUAUGGUUCGAGAACCUGAUGAUGCUGCUCCAGAUGCAGUAGAGUACAAGCAUGGUCUCACUCCUCCAAUGAGGGAUGCUAGAAAGCGACGAUUUCGUAGGGAGCCAGAUCUAAAUCCUGAGCUUGUGCGACGAGUUGAAGAAGAUUUGCUUACUAUCACAGCUGGUGGUACUGCCGAAACAAUCGAUGUUGAACCAACUGAACAAGAGAAAGAUGGAGAUGGAAAUGCCCGCAAUGCAAAUAAGAAACCUGCGCCAGUGCCCGUUGCAAAACCUGACAUUCCAGAGGCUGGUACAAAUGUUGGCGCCAGUGCCAGUGAUUCUGAUGCAUCUGAUGAAACCUCUUCUUGAGUUGUGAAGAAACAACAGAAUCCCCAUAAAAAUGGCAGCAGUGGCAUACACAGAUUUUAGGAUUGGUAAAAAAAGUGUUAGAAAGUGUUGGUGCUUUAGAAUUCCUGCCCAUCUGUUGACUGCUUGUGGGACCUGAUCAAUUUUCGCAAUCAAGAAGACCUGCUACGCCUAAUUUUUCUGUAUCUUGCUAUAAAGAUUUUGCAAAGAUUUUGUUAAAUUGGCCCCAGAACCAAAGAUUUUGCAAUCUUUGCCCUACAACAAUCACUCUCCGCCGCCGAAUACCGAAACACCAAAGAUGGCAUAUUUGGCGGAGAAGAGUGAUGUACAUCCCAAUACUAAUUGUAAGUCAACAUCUAUCAAUAUUUGACAACAAAUCCUUGUCAAGAUGUACUUGUGACUGAAAAUUUGAUUCUCUCUCUUACUUAUUUUCUGGAGUGUACCUUGGAAGACUACUCCGAGUGGGAAUUUCAAAACAAAAAUUAAAAU